AUGCUGGACCCCUUUUCUGAUCUAGUGUUGCCAUCUUCUUCUUUGUUCCCUCCCCAUGACAUUACUGUCCAUUUAGAACAAAUACAUCAUAAUCAUCCUUCACUUGCUAUUGAUCACAUCAUUUCUUCAUUAUCUCUUAAUCCUUCGUCACCAGCUGAUGAUCACCACAUUUCUUCAUCUGAGGCACCUCACUCUUCACCUCUAAUCACUUCUAAUUCACUUGAUAAUUCCCACUUUUCUAGACCUCAUGUUCACAAUGUUCUCUCCAAAAAAUCACCUUAUUCCAUCGCCGGUGGCACAGAUGGGUCACCUCUACCGUCAUCGGAGGUGGACGAUUUGGUGUACGGUGGUGUAAAGGAUGGGACUUAUGUUAAGAAUGGACGCAUGAGUUUUCAGAUGUCACAGUGUAGCUAUUCCAAAAUCCUCACUCGUCGAGUAAGCACUGGCACCGCGGGCAGGCAGACUCCAAAACUAAUGUAUCAUCAUGAUGUACUGUCCUCAGCUAUGGAUACUUUCCUCUUCACCUCGGAAUCUGUUACUGAAGGUCACCCUGAUAAGCUUUGUGAUCAAAUAUCUGAUGCGAUUUUAGAUGCGUGCUUGGAACAAGAUCCCGAAAUUGGACUUGAUGCUUAUAAUUGCAAGGUUCUGAUAAAUGUCGAACAGCAGAGCCCUGAGAUUGCAGAGGUUGUCCACGGUCACCUAAUGAAAAAACCUGAAGAGGUUGGAGCUGGAGAUCAGGGGCACAUGUUCGGCUAUGCCACGGACGAAACCCCUGAGCUGAUGCCGUUGACGCAUGUCCUUGCUAGUAAGCUCGCGGCCAAAUUGACCGAGGUGAGAAAGAACAGAACUUGUCUCUGGCUAAGGCCUGAUGGCAAGACUCAAGUCACUGUCGAAUACCAGAAAGAAGGUGGAGCAAUGGUGCCUAUUAGGGUCCAUACUGUUCUCAUCUCGACUCAACACGACGAGACUGUCACAAAUGAGCAGAUAACGAAAGACUUAAAAGAGCAUUAUGCUUCUGUUGUUUAUCUUGGAUUUUGUACAUUUCAUAUCGAAACACUAGAGAUUAAGCGAUAUAUUAUAAGCUUUAAGGUUAAGAAUAAAUAA